ACUUUAAAAGGGCGGACACGGGGGGCCGCUGUGCACUCGUCAGAAGACCACAGGAAGACCAGCAGCACCGCCAGGGUCCUCGCCAGCAUCCUGACUCAGUUUGGUGACCUGACCAACUCACACAAUGAGCUUCACUGAGACCACCGUCCUGCUGUUUGGCCUCAUCCAAGGUGUCCUGUGUGCUGAGUGGUCAGUUUGGAUGCCUCAGAUAAUUAAAGCUGUGAACGGGUCCUGUGUGGUCAUCCCCUGCACAUUCAGUGUCCCCGACGGACAGACAGGUGGAGGGAAUCAGACAGCAGCGUCAUGGAUAAGAAACUCAACGACUGGACAAACGCUUCCUACCUCAAGUGGUGACAAGAAAAGACAUCUGCCGCUAGUCGAGGUGAUAGGCAACAUGUCAGCAAACAACUGCACGUCCAUCAUGAGAGAGACACUCAAAAGGCACUCUGACGUGUACUUCUUCAGGACUGAAUACUUUAACUACACCUACCCGACAGGGGUCUUCAUCAACAUUACCGGCUCCCCAGACAAACCAGUCAUCUCCACACUGGCUGAAGUGCAAGAGGGGACAUCAGUCAAUGUGACCUGCACUGUCCCCAUUCCGUGUCCCUCUGAGCCACCUGAGCUGAAGUGGCAAAACACACUGAAUGGGACCGUGACAAGGGGACAUAUGAUUAACGAAAACGGGACGGCGUCUCUGUCAUCAGUUCUGACAUUUGUGGCCUCACCUGAGCACCACAACAAGAAAAUCACAUGCAGUGUGGACUACGGGGGGAAAAAUCAAAGUAAGAACAUCACAGUGAAAGUCCGUGGUAAGAUGACUCUUCUGUUAAUAUAA